CAGUGCACACAGAGAACCAGUCAUGUGAUUAAAAUGUCAUUUAUUCAAUUCCCCUUCUGUAGUUUGAUUCGGAUUUCAUAACCUGGGUGUUAUCCGAUCGCCUUCACAUUUUCUGUGCGUGUGAGCCGGCAUUAUGCUGCUGGUACUGAGUGAUGAGCACAGGGAACAUUUACGGAUCCUGACUCGGGUAGAGAGUACAGUUGUUGGUGAAUUUGGCAGAAUUGCUGUAGAAUUUUUAAGAAAGGGCGCAAAUCCCAAAAUCUAUGAAAAUGCGGCAAGAAAAUUAGAAGUUAGUAGCACUACCAUUCAGCAAGCUGUGGCGGGCCUUACAUACCUUCUUACUGAGAGCUCUAAACUUAUGAUUUCAGAUGUAGAUUUUCAGGACUCUGUACUUGUUUUGGGGUUCCCUGAAGAACUGAAUAAAAUUCUUCUUCAGUUGUAUCUGGAUAACAGGAAAGAAAUCCGCAGAAUUUUGAGUGAGCUUGAACCAGCCCUCCCUCACUACCAAAACCUAGAAUGGCGCUUGGAUGUUCAGCUUGCCAGCAGAAGCCUGAGACACCAAAUAAAACCCUCUGUGACUAUGAAACUUCAUCUGAAGGAAAACGAUGAGAACAGUACAAAAGUACUACAGACGGACCCUGCAACAUUACUUCACAUCAUUCAAGAGCUAGAGCAAGCUCUUGCAGAGAUGAAAACCAAUCACUGCCGGAGAAUAGUUCGUAAUAUUAAAUAAGGACCUGAAACAUGACAUCGGCAUCUCUUUAAAACAUUGUUCAAGGAAAAAAAAUUUAUAUAUAUAAUGUGUAUGUGUGUUACUUUUGCAUUUUUGUAAUUAUUUUUUUUUUUAAAGAAUUUAUCAAUAUAGGUAUAUUCAAAUACAAUGUGCAGACAUUUUCAGGACAUGUUAAAUGUUAACCCUUUUUUUUUCUUCUUCCUUGAUUCCUUCAGAUUUUAAUAAUGUAGCCGUUAUCUAGUUUUGAGUUUUGUUUAAAUCAACUACGUUAUUACCACUGUAUCUCAUUUAAAAUACAUUUGAUUUUUUACUAAA